AUGUCAAGCCCUGUAUCCCAGCCAAGCCUGCUGCUGCAGCCUCAGGAUGCCAGUCCUAAAGACCAGUCAAGGGAAGUCCAGAGAGUGGUUUGGCCAUGUCCCCAGGACCAGCAAGCCACCCAAGCCCAGCAGCAGGUGCAAGCGGCUCCGCCGAGAUUCGAGCUGCCUCCCAUCAAGCCCACCUUUGAUGGGGGCCCCAAGAAGAUAGUCUUCUUCCUAAAUCAGGUGUGGGCUCAUUUAGAUCGCUAUGCUUAUGCCUACCUGAAUGGGGCUAUGAUGGUGAAUGCUGUGGCAACAAAUGUAGAGGGGGAAGCGGCUGACUGGGUGACCAACCUCCACAAUGAAGGGGCUCCUGAAUUGCACAAUAUUAACCAUUUCAUGGAGCAACUGAGGGGUAGUUUUAAAGAUGAAUCCCGGGCCCUGCUGACCAAGAAGGAGAUCCACCAUCUGAAGCAAAGAGGCUGUCCUGCUAAGCAGUACAUUUAUGAAUUCAGAAGAGUUCCUGGUUGGCUGGGGCAGUGGCCAGAGUGGUCACUGAUCAGCUAUUUUAAGCAAGGGCUAGAUCGCGACUUACUUCAAGCCUGCAUCAUUCGGAGGUUUCCUAACCUAUUGUGUGGGUGGUACAGCAUGGCCGUGGUGCUAGACAUCGAGUUGGACCACCCCAGAAAGUCAAGCACAGGCAAGCCACCACGCAUCCAGGAGAAAUGCCCUUAUGGCCAUUUCCAAGCCACUGCGGCCACCAGUGUCUCCCAAGCACCAGCCAGGUCUCCUAUCAAGUGCUACCGGUGCGAUUUCUCAUCUGCGCUCCCCAUUUCCCACUCCCCAUCUCCAACUCACUCAGCAUCUCAGAGAUCAACUGGCCUGGAAAACUCACACAGUCCCAAACCCUUAAUCAAUCUGGUGAAAUCCCUCUCAACUGAAAUUGAGUCCCAGGAAAGCCCAUCUCUCAAAUCCCAACCUUUGUUGAGCUUGGUCAAAUCCAUUUCCACUGAAAUUUCCCGCUUGGAGACUGAGGUGUCGCUAUCCAAAUCAGACUCUAAGCUCAACGUUCACCUCUGGCGACAAAUCACCCAACCCAAAAACAAAAAUGGCGAUUCCAGGACUGCUCCAUCAUCUCCCAACCGUUCUCCUUCAGAGAGCAAGGGCAGCUUCUUCAAGACUCAGGAAGCCAAGUUUGAGGACACCAAAAGGAGGUUUUCAGAAGCCAUGCAGGAGCCACUCAGCAGGCUCAGCAAAAUGAUUGGGGAUGAGAAUAAUAUGUCCCCCAAGCUCCGAUUACCCCUCUCCGGGCACCAGCAGGGUCCUGAUUUCCUUUCUCAUCGCCUCAGGGAGUCUCCCAUCUUGGAGAGCAAUUUGGAAUAUCCCCUCCAAAAGACAGAUUGGACUGAGACCAUUUCAUCGGGGAGAGGGGAAAUGGAAGAGCGGGACUCUUCUCCAAAUUGCCAGCAUGAAGAGGGCCCCUAUGGGGAUGCUUUCCAGGUGGCUGAGGUGGCUGAGAAAAAAAGCAAGGCCACUGGCAAAAUGCGGACUCUCUCACCUCUUGGGCCAGUCCAGCCCCCCAGGUGUUGCAGCCCAGUGCCGUGUAAAGUUCUCACCUGGAUUGCCAUCUUGGCCUACAAUUACCUGGUCCUCCCUUUGCCUCCUUAUAUUUCUGGCCUCUGCCUUGGCUUAGCCUCUGGGUUCCUUCUUGGUCUCCUGGUUAUUUUGCUGCUGGUGCCAAAGCGUGCCCUGUCUCCACAGAAAAGCCCCCCUCCUCAGGGCAUGCUGCCCUUGCAAGCGACACCUCAGCAGCCAUGGGAGCCCCAGGUGCUCAAGGGUUGGAUGAACGAAAUGCAUUUUUAUGACCCUGAGAUUUAUCAUCCUUCUCUUACCCAUUCCAUAUUUGUGACCUUAGAAAACUCCAGCCUGACAUUUUCAUAUCCCCAAACCAGCAUCCCUCGGCGGGCCACCUUUAGGGAAGAGAACUUUGAGGUGGCUUUUGUGACCCACCAACUUUAUGAUAUGAGUGGAGCCAAGGUCUUCCUCUUCCCACCUGGGCUGGCUCGCAAAAGGAUGUGGAACAAAAAAUAUCCCAUAUGCAUUCUUUUCCCAGAACAAGUGGAUCUGAAAACCAAAGCACUAGCAACAAAAGACCAAGAUGUGGAUUCUCCAAGAGAGGAGAAGCCAAAGAAGAAAGAAGUAACAGGGCAGUGCCCAGCUGAGGUCCAAGAAAGGACACUUUAUCUCUUUGGCAGAACAGGUAGAGAUAAGGAGGAGUGGUACCAAUAUCUCGUAAGAGCCUGCCAAGUUGAACACCAUGAGCUAUACCACACCAGCCAAGGUGAACUUCUCUCAGGUAUAAUCCAGCUCAUUCCUGCAGGAAAGGAGAUCCACAGUCACGGCAGCGGCAGCAGCACAGAAGACCUGCCCCCUGCAGCUAAGCCCAAGGAGCUGAGCAUCAGCAGCCGAGAAAAACUCUUAGUGGACUACAAUGUCUACAUGUCCCAAAUCAUUCCGGCAGUCACUGACUCCAUCCCAAAGCCCUGCUCCAAUGUAGCAGACAGCCCCGGUUCCAAAAAGUUCCCUGGGGAUGAGACUCGGAUCCCCAACCCUCCUACAGCUUGGGUCAAUGCAAUGCUUGGCCGAAUGUUUUGGGACUUCCUAAGGGAAAAAUAUUGGGCAGAUCAAGUUUCAGACAAAAUUCAGAAGAAACUGGGCAGAAUCAAGUUGCCAUAUUUUAUGAAUGAGCUCACCCUAACUGAUCUGGAGAUGGGGACCUCCAUCCCACACAUACUUGGCAUUUCUAGCCCCACUGUGGAUAACCGAGGGCUUUGGGUGGAUCUGGAAGUGGCCUAUCAAGGAUUCCUGAAGAUGACCCUGGAGACCAAGAUGAACUUGUACAAACUAGGCAAAGAAGAGCUGGAGGAGGGAAACAAGGGAGCAGAUAAGGACAGAAAAGGCAUGAAACCCCACAUAGAGCUGUUGGCCGAGAGUGAUGCGGAGUCCUCCAGCGCCGGUUCUUCUGAGGAGGAAGACAUGCCUGUUGUGGAACUCUCGGGGAUCCCUGGAGAAAGGAAAAUCCCUCCUGGUGUUGAAGGCUAUACCAGUGGUGGCAGCACCAGUCGGAAGAUUUUGCAUUUUGUGGACAAGAUUGCUAAAUCCAAAUACUUCCAGAAGGCCGCUGAAAAUGAAUUCAUUAAGAAGAAGAUGGAAGAGGUUGCCAACACUCCACUGCUUUUGACUGUGGAGGUCCAAGAUCUGACGGGCACAUUGGCUGUGAACAUCCCUCCACCUCCAACGGAUCGAAUCUGGUACAGUUUCCGGAUCCCUCCACAGUUGGAUCUGAAGGUACGGCCACAGCUAGGAGAAUGGGAGGUCACCUUCCCCCACAUCACUGAGUGGAUUGAGAAGAAGCUCCAGCAUGAAUUCCAGAAAAUUUUAGUGAUGCCAAAUAUGGAUGACAUCAUCUUACCUCUGAUGCAUUCUGGUUUGGAGUCCCAUCCUCUCACAGAAGGACCACAGGAAGAACUUCCAGCUGAGGAUGUCAGAAACAUGUGA